AUGCAAGCAGCCAUAAGCAAGAUGGUUCUCCUCCUGGACGCUCGUGUGCAUAAGAAUCUCAUCCAGAGUAGUAACACAGCAAAGGAGCUCUGGGAUGGUUUGAGGAAGAUGUACGACGAUCUAAACGACGCGGAAGUGGCGUCGCUCGCAGAAGCCUUUGAGCAAAUCAAGAAGGGAGACAAUGAGGCCGUGGACGCAUACGUCACAAGAGCCUACGAAAUGUAUCUGAAGGUCACACGGCACGAGGACUACAAGAUGUCAGUUCCAUUGGGUAUUUUGAAAAGCGUACGAGGCUUGAGUGAUAACGAGUUUGGUACCGAGGAGCGCGUUUUCAGGGCUACUGGGUACCCGAAGACAUUUGAGGAGCUAAGGGCGCGCUUGCUGGCGAUCAACGCCGAAGCGAAUGUUUCUGCAAGGAAGACCGAGUCCGAGCCAGUAGCCGCGUUCAUCGCAAAUCGCAGUUCCAAGGCACAUUUGAUAUGCUAUUCCAGUGGCAACACUGGUCACAUCGCCCGCGAGUGCUCCAACGCAAAAGGUGGCACUAUGCAAUCUCCGGGCUUCGGUUCUUCCUCUUCCCGUGUACCGCGCUCAACGCCAGCCGACUCAGCGACGUUGAGAGUGUCCGAUCAAACAGCUGUCAUCGCACUGCGGGACCUUAGAGACCGCCUGGCAGCCCAAGGUGACAGCUGGAUUGCGCUGUGCCCAUCACACCUUUAUAUUUGGGACAAAGCGGAGGUCAACAGCAACAUUACCACUGCGGGCCAUGGUACAGGGACUUCACCGCCUGUGGUUGCCUACCAGGCGGUGAAGUCCCUGUACCAUGGCCCGCAGUGGUAA